AUGGAUUUUAUCACAGAAAAAGGGGAUGAGUAUGAUUUAAAAAAUUUGACUGAUUAUGGUAAGUACUUGCAAGCACAAAACAAGUCGAUUGAAGUAGAUCCGAACGAUGACGACUUCGACAUGAAAAUGGAGGAAGUUGAGAAAAGAGUGCAAACGCAGAUGCAAAAGGCAGAUAUUCGUGAACGAACUGCCCAGAAUUGGGCUAAACAAAUGAUGAGAACAAAUACAGGUUUCAAUACCUUUGAGAAAAAACAAAUUUGA